AUGGCCGAGCUCCACGUCAUCGGCGAGAUCUGCGGGGGCACGGAGUUUGGAUCGAAGUCGGCGUUUUGUAAGUGGGCUUUGAAGCAUGGACAGAACUGGGAGGUGAUCGAGGGGCACGACGCGGGGCAGACGCAGGUCGACACGGGCGUGGACGUCAACGAGCACGUCUGGUCGCACCCGAUCGACAUCCACUUGGUGUGCCGAGCGAUCUCAGGUUGGCCGAAGCUGCACCUUCAGGUGUGGGAGAUGGACAAGUUCGGGCGCACGGACAUCCUCGGGUACGGGAUGUGUUUCAUUCCGGCCGCGCCAGGCGUGCACACGCUCGAGGUGGCGACGUGGGUGCCGAGCGGCAGCGGCGCGGAGGAGGCGAGGGCGUUCUUCGUGGGCGGGCGACCACGGCUGCGGAUGGAGGAGAUCGUGCACGAGCAGGGGGAGCGUUUCCGGCUGCGAGCGGCAUCUGCGGGGGUUGUGCACCUGCGGCUCGCGGUGAUCACGAAGGACUUCGCGGUCAACGGUAUCGACACGGGGACCGCGAAGCAGGAGGAGCGCGAGGUGGAGGCCCAGGGCUGA